AUGGACAAGAGAACAGACGAAUCACAUCCCACGAGCGGCCAGGACAGUGCCGGGUUUCUGACCCCGCCGCCCGAGCGCCCCACCUUCUACACCGAUCCCGCCGAGGCGGUUGCCGCCUUGCGCGCGCUUUACGAGCGCAACACGGCCUUUAUCCGCGACGCGUUUUCCGAGAUGACCGACAAGGGCGAUCUGGAGGGGCGCGUGCGCGCCUAUUAUCCGCAGCUCUCGGUCAGGACGGCCAGCUACAAUCAGGUGGAUUCGCGGCUCGCCUACGGCCAUCUGGCCCAGCCGGGCCAUUACGCGACCACCGUCACCCGGCCCGACCUGUUCGGAAGCUAUCUGGAAACGCAGAUCGGGCUCUUGCUGAAGAACCAUAGCGUGGCGGUCGAGGUGUCGGAGUCGGGCACGCCGAUCCCGCUGCACUUCGCGUUCCUGGAAGGCACCCAUGUCGAUGGCGCCAAGGCCGACCAGCUGGCGCGUCCGCUGCGCGACGUGUUCGACGUACCGGACCUGAACGUGACCAAUGACGACAUCGCCAACGGCGACUUCGAACCGGCGCCCGGCCAGCCCUCGCCGCUUGCCCCGUUCACCGCCCAGCGCGUCGAUUAUUCGCUGCACCGGUUGUCGCAUUACACCGCGACAAGCCCGUGGCAUUUCCAGAACUUCGUCCUUUUUACCAACUACCAGUUCUACAUCGACGAGUUCUGCGCCUUUGCGCGCGAGCAGAUCGCCGACACCAAUUCCGGUUAUGAGAGUUUCGUCGAGCCGGGCAAUGUGGUGACGCGCGCCGGCGCGGCCGAGCCGGAGAGCGGCGCACCGCCAUCGCGCCUGCCGCAAAUGCCGACCUAUCAUUUGACGCGGCCGGACCGCACCGGCAUCACCAUGGUCAAUAUCGGCGUCGGCCCGUCCAACGCCAAGACGAUCACCGACCAUAUCGCGGUACUGCGCCCGCAUGCCUGGCUGAUGCUCGGCCAUUGCGCGGGCCUGCGCAACACGCAGCAGCUGGGCGAUUAUGUGCUGGCGCAUGCCUAUGUGCGCGAGGAUUCGGUGCUCGACGACGAUCUGCCGCUGUCCGUGCCGGUGCCGCCGCUGGCCGAGGUUCAGGUCGCGCUGGAACAGGCGGUGGCGGAGGUGACAGGCCUUUCGGGCUAUGAUCUCAAGCGCAUCAUGCGCACGGGCACGGUCGCCACGAUCGACAACCGCAACUGGGAGCUGCGCGACCAGCGCGGGCCGGUCAAACGGCUGUCGCAGUCACGCUCGAUUGCACUCGACAUGGAAUCGGCGACGAUCGCCGCCAACGGCUUCCGCUUCCGCGUGCCCUACGGCACGCUUUUGUGCGUCUCCGACAAGCCGCUGCAUGGCGAACUCAAGCUGCCGGGCAUGGCGACCGAAUUCUACAGGACGCAGGUCAACCAGCAUCUGAUCAUCGGCAUCAAGGCGAUGGAGAAGCUGGCGCAGAUGCCGCCCGAACGGCUGCAUUCGCGGAAACUGCGCAGCUUUUCGGAGACGGCGUUUCAGUAG